GAUAAGCUAUUGGCAUUCAAUUCUGCUCAGCUCAGACAUUUAUCUCACCUAGAACUAAACUCGCCUUUAACUCCAAGAAGGCGCAAGUGGUUUUGUUUGGGCAGUCACAAGACCACAGACACGCAGCAAGUGUUACAUUGUAGCUUUCAACCCCCCUCUUUUUGGCACAAGUUGGAUUAGUCUGCCACACUUUGGCCACGCGGGCGGAGCGUGCAAUUAAAACACAAGUUUUUUUGUCUCUUUCAAGUCUGUUUUCCCUUGUUGGCGCCUGUUUGAGUGGAAAAGCGAGCGAGAGAGAGCAGGGCAGAGCAGUGGAGACGCCAUGGUUUGUGUGAGUAUUUGUCACGACAAGUCCCCCUUCGGACGCAUGGAUCGCCCCUGUAGCAGCAAGACGGACUUCCAGCCUUGGCGAGACUACAUGGGCCUGGCUGAGGCAGUCCGUGCCAUCUGCUUGGGGGAGCCCCCAAGUUCGUCUCCCGGUGUUGAGCACCUGUUGAACGGAGAGGAGGAUGGCCCCAAGCCCCCGCUGGUGCACCGCCGCCACCACCGCCACCACCAGCAGCAGUGUCCAAGUCAAACGCUGGGAGAAGCCAUCCUGCGCGGCUGCAGGUCCGCUUCGCUGAUUGCGCGCAGGGUCGCCUCGCCAAAACGAGCUAUCCAGCCGCCUCCGCGCUUCGCUGCCAAGGCGGGGGCUCAGGGUCAAACACCACCCAGAGCCGCGAAGGAGAGCCAGGGGCAGCCGCAAAGAUCCAAGGAGACCCAGGGGAAAAUGCCUAGAUCCAAGGAGACUCAGGCACUGGCGCCCAGAGCCAAGGCGGUCCAGGCUCUAGUCCAGGGACCACCACCAACACCCCCACCCCCACCCCGAGGCAAGGACAGCCAGGGACCACCACCACCACCCAGAGCCAAGGAGCGCAAGAAGCCACAGCAUGCGCUGCCCACACCUCAGCAGGAGCCUCAGCCAGCGGCCACCGUGACUCCCAAUCACCGGGGGGAGUCGCCACCAUCUCCUCCUCGGAUGUUCUGCAGCUUCUGCAAGCACAACGGAGAGUCGGAGGACGUCUACAGCUCGCACUGGCUCAAGGAUCCGAGCGGGGACGUGUUGUGCCCCUUCCUGCGCAGCUACGUGUGCCCCACGUGCGGGGCCACGGGCUCCCGUGCGCACACCAAGCGCUUCUGCCCCCUCGUCGACAGCACCUACAGCUCGGUGUACACCAAGUAAACCGCUGAGUGGUGGAUAGAAAGUCUUCAACCGCCUUGCACUCUGCCGUUUAGCCUGUCAAGGUAAACUUCUCGAAGUUUAUUGGGUAAGGUGGUGAAACAUUAUUUUAACCCCCCCCCUUAUUUUAAUAUUAUUUGCAUUAGAUGUUCGUGUUGUUGAUGAGCAGUACCCAGGUGUAAGGACUCAGUUUGGUUUUGAUAACGGGUUUGUGUGUGCGCCUGUUUCGCUUUCUCUUUGUUUUUGUAUUUGAAUAUUUAAUUUGCAUGCGCACUUUUGUCUUUUGCUGUGUUAUUUUUUUUAUCACCAUUUGUGUGUGAUCUAUUAUUGAAGAUUUAUUUCCCUAUUUAUUUUAUUGUUUGAGCGUAGCUUAGUUUUUCUUCACUGUGUGUGUUGGUCACCCAAACCUGUGGUCGCUACCAAACUUUUUUUGUUUUGCUUUUUAACUUUUCCAUACUGCGUGCCAAAAAAUAGCGCCCCUUCAUAGACAGUAGGACUCAUCAACCCAGUCGCUGUCAACAUCAGCAUGAUCUGUUUAGAAUUUUAUAAUUUCUGUGUAGAUGGACAUUCAUCAUAAUUAACCCUGUGUCUCUAUGAAUCAUUCUAAGCCUCCCCCCACUAACCAUGAAUACCGUGAAAGCAGCAUCCUGGUUGUGACUGCAAUACUUUUUAAUGCCUUUUUAUUAUUUAAGGCGUUUGCAUGCUUGUAGCUAUUAUUGUUUGUGUUUGUUAGCAUUCUUUUAAUUGUGCAACACUUUGACAUUAAUCCUGUAAAGAAAAAUAAUGCAUG